AUGGACGCAGAAUUGUUAGAACUGCAAAAACAAUUCGAGUCUGCGCAGCAAGCAAAAUCGAGCAUCCGAUUAUCUGAAAGAAACGUCGUCGAAUUAGUCCAAAAACUCCAUGAGCUUCACAUCAUCGAUUUCGACCUUCUCCACACCGUCUCCGGCAAAGAAUACAUCACUCCUGAGCAAUUGAGGCAUGAAAUGGUGUUAGAGAUCAAGAAAUUAGGACGUGUUUCGUUGAUAGAUCUUGUAGAUAUUACUGGCGUUGAUUUAUACCAUGUUGAGAACCAAGCUCAUCGCGUCGUUUCGGAUGAUCCGAACGGCCUUAUGUUGAUCCAAGGAGAAAUUAUCUCACAGUCUUAUUGGGACAAUGUUGCUGAAGAAAUCAAUGAGAGGCUUCAAGAAUGUAGUCAGAUUUCCUUGGCGGAAAUCGCUGCCAGUUUGAAUGUUGGCUCUGAAUUUGUGUCUUCCAUGUUGGAUGCCCGCCUCGGGACUUUGGUGAAAGGUAGGCUUGAAGGUGGACAAUUGUAUACACCAGCUUAUGUUGCUCGUGUUAGCGCCAUGGUUCGUGGUGCUGCGAGGGGUGUUACUGUUCCUACAAAUUUGUCUGCGCUGUGGGGAGCUCUGCAGCAGCUGUUACAAGCAAUGGAUGGAGCUGGUGGUGUGGCUACUGAAAGUUCAUUUUUUCAAUCCUUAUUUAAUGAGCUGGUGAAGGAAGGGGAGGUUCUUGGAUCACUUCGUGCGGGAGUUCAUUGGACUCCAACUGUGUUUGCCAUUGCUCAAAGGGAGUGUGUAGAUUCUUUCUUUUCUCAGAAUUCUUUUAUCAGCUAUGAUUCGUUGCAAAAGCUUGGAAUUUCCCAGCCUGUUCAGUUCUUGCAGUCCAGAUAUGCUGAAGGUAUACCACUGGUAACUGCAUUUGUUCAUCCCUCCAUGAUUGAGAUGUUGGAUGCUGCUGUCGAGGAUGCUAUUGAACGUGGUAGCUGGAUUGAUUCUCUUUCUGUAUUACCCACUUCUUUUGGAUCUGAAGAUGCAUCUAAGAUUUUGUUGCAUUGUGAUUCUGUUCAGUCGGCACUCAAGGGUAACAAAGGAAUGAUCUUGGGGGAUUCAUAUGUAUUUAGCAAUGGCUUUAUCAAGGAUGUUUAUGAUCGGAUGGAGAAAGAGAUGGAGGUCUUUAGGCUCUCGGGGCCUUCUGGUGUUAUACCAAGUGAUGACUCGCACUUGGUCACAGAAGCUAAAAUUAGAAUUGAUUCUAGCCGGUCUGGUGAAGUAAAUGAAACUGUUAAUGAGAAAAGGAAGAAAAAAGGAAAAUCUUCUGGAUCAAGAACAGCUGAUAUCGUUAUAGAUGAUGAGGAAAUUAUUCCUAUGAAAUCUAAGAAAAACCAAAGGAAAGGCAAGGAGGCAUCUUCAGCUCUCUCUGAUAUAAAAAAGGGAGCUAAGAAAGAUUUGGCUAAAAUGCAAGAGGACGAUCUUAACAUUCCUUCAGAAGACUGGAUAAUGCAAAAGAUCCUGAUUCUGGUUCCUGAUUUUGAAGAGCAAGGUUUGGAAGAUCUACAAACAAUUCUUGGACCUUUAGCUAACCAUAUGAGACCCAUGUUAAUUAAUUCUUUAAAGGAGAAAAGAAAGAUGCUCUUUACAGAAAAUGUUGUGAAAAUGAAGCACCUGCUUGAUAAUUUGCAAAAGAAACUUGAUGAGGUUUGCACUGUUAUGAUUGCUUAUGAUUGCCAAUUCAUCAUCUACAUCCAGUAUUUUGACAUUCUUGUGAUUGAGUGUUAUGUUCAAUGUGCUUUCUUGGCUUUCUUAAAUAUGCAACUGUAUGAAAAGGCACUAGAUUUGUUUGAGGAUGACCAAUCAACCUCUGUUGUCUUGCAUAGGCAUUUGUUAAGAACAAUGGCUGCUUCUAUUGGAGAUAUGCUUUUUCAUAACUUGGACAUGCGCAACAAAUUGAAGAACGGAAUUAAAGUUGAAGAGUCUCCAAAUUCAGAAUCUAUCACACUUGGUUCUGCAGAAAGAACUUCUCUUGUAAAAAGCUUUCCAGGAUCCCUUUCGAAAAAGGCUCUUGCAGUAGUUGAAGCUUUGGAAGGAAAGGGACAGAGUAGAGUGGUGCUAAUGUGGCUUGGGGUUGAGGGAUUAGACUACACUUUGCUUGCUUGCAACACCAGUUUGGUUCUCUCUCUCUCUCUCUCUGAUGUAGCGGGUGGAAGCAUUCAUGACUUCGCUCAGAGAGGUGGCAGAGGAGAGGUAGUUUUUGGGUUGGUCUUGAAAAAGCUUGACAAGAAAUUGGAAAGAACUCUUCUGCAUUCAUACCGCAAGGAUUUGACAGCUCAAGUUUCUGCUGAAACUGAUCCAGUUGCUCUUCUGCCUAAAGUUGUUUCCCUCCUAUAUAUUCAGGUUCACAGUAAAGCUCUUCAAGCCCCUGGAAGAGCCAUUUCUGUCGCUGUUUCUCGAUUGAAGGACAAACUAGACGAGUCAGCAUACAAGAUCCUGACAGAAUAUCAAACUGCAACAGUAACCCUUCUAUCACUUGUAUCUGCUUCAACUGGUGACGAAGAAGACUGUACAUCUGAUAGGAUUUUGAGUAAAAGGGAGCUUCUGGAGAACUUGAUGCCAGCAUUGAAAGGCCUCGUUUUGGGAACCACACAAUCUUGA